UUAUGAUAUGCUUAAAAGGGAAUACAGUUGCGUUAUUUGAAGCUCAACGAUAUUUUCAUUUUUGUUUGGUGCCAAAUUAACGAUUCAGAUCGAACUAAAAAAAAAGAAAGAAAAAGCUUAUACGAUUGAGAAAAAUAAUACAAUAAUAAUAAUCCAAUUAUCAUCUCCUCAUCUUUCUCGUUUACGAGAUUCUGCAAAAAAGUACUAUAAAAAUAAUAUCAAAAUCCACGUCUUUCCACUUCCAUCGGCGGCCAACCAUGGCGGCGGUUACCAUAGAUUCUCUUCUCCAGAACCCUACCCUGUUAUUUCGUCCCAAAGCUAAGGUGUUGCUGAAACCGCCUCGCUCGUUGGAUUGUUCUCGAAAUCGAAAGCUUCCCCUCUCUCGGGGCUCUUGCUUAUGUAGCUUCAAUCCUCGUCGGACGAUUCAUGUCGUCAGAGCCAGCUCCUCUGAAACAGCUCUUAUUGGCAACUUCGACAUCUCUUCUUCCGAUGACAUCUUGUACAAAGAUAUUUUUCCCGUCAAGCGAAUUGAAAAGGUGGAGGGAAAAUUUUUCAUCAGGUUGGAUCGAUCAAAGGAUCAGCAUGAUUGGCAAUUUACAGUAGGAUGUAGUCUUCCAGGUAAGUGGAUUCUUCAUUGGGGAGUUUCUUACCUUGGAGAUAGUGGCAGUGAAUGGGAUCAACCUCCUAAAGGCAUGAGACCUCCUGGUUCAAUUCCCAUUAAAGACUAUGCUAUUGAAACUCCGUUGAAGAAAUUGUCUGAAGGGGAUAUUUUUCAUGAAGUAAAGAUUGAUUUUAAUCCCAUCAGUGAAAUUGCUGCUAUACAUUUUGUCCUGAAGGAUGAAGAAACUGGAGCAUGGUAUCAGCACAGAGGUAUGGAUUUUAAGGUGCCUCUUGUGGAUUACCUUGAGGAUGAUGGCAAUAUAGUUGGAGCGAAAAGAGGGUUUGGCGUAUGGUCAGGUGCUCUGCAGCAGUUCUCUAAUGUGCUACUUAAGUCAGAAGCAUCACAUGCUGAUAGUCAAAACAACAGCAUAGAGUCCAAGGACUCCAAAAAUAAGAAUAGGUGCCUUGAAGGGUUCUAUGAGGAGCAGUCCAUUGUAAAAGAAGUUUCUGUUGGUAACUUAGUGAGUGUUGCAGUUAGGAAGUCCCCUGAAACAGGAAAAGUUGUUGUGUGUUUGGAAACUGAUAUACCUGGAGAUGUUGUAGUUCACUGGGGUGUUUGCAGAGAUGAUGCUAAAAUAUGGAAAAUUCCUGCUGCCCCGUACCCGCCAGAAACAACUGUAUUCAAGAACAAGGCUUUACGCACUUUAUUGCAGCCAAAAGCUACGGGGAACAGAUCAGGAGCAUUAUUCACUUUAGAUGAGGAACAUUUUGGAUUUCUUUUUGUACUCAAGCUGGAUGAUAAUACUUGGUUGAAAUUUAAAGAAAACGACUUCUAUGUUCCCCUCUUGGGUACAAGUAGUGUUCCAGGUCAAUAUGGUCAAUCUGACAGUACAAGUGAAGAAAUUUCUAGUAAAUCAUAUACUGAUGGUAUCAUCAAUGAGAUACGAAACUUGGUUAGCGGCCUUAGCUCUGAGAAGAGUCUGAAGACCAAAAAAAAGGAAGUGCAAGAAAGCAUUCUUCAAGAAAUUGAACAGCUAGCCGCUGAAGCGUAUAGCAUCUUCCGGAGCUCCAUUACAACUGUUCCAGAUGAAGUUGUUUCAGAAACUGAGACAACAAAGCCUGCUGUUAAAAUAUCCUCUGGAACAGGCACAGGGUUUGAAAUAUUGUGCCAAGGUUUCAAUUGGGAAUCUCAUAAAUCCAGACGAUGGUAUAUGGAACUCAAAGAAAAAGCUUCAGAAAUAUCUUCACUUGGGUUUACUGUGAUUUGGCUACCACCACCAACAGAGUCUGUGUCACCUGAAGGAUACAUGCCGAAGGACUUGUAUAAUCUAAACUCCAGAUAUGGAACUAUUGAUGAGCUGAAGGAACUUGUAAAAAGCCUCCAUGAAGUUGGUAUGAAAGUUCUCGGUGAUGUUGUAUUGAAUCAUCGUUGUGCACACUUUAAAAAUCAGAAUGGUGUAUGGAAUAUAUUUGGUGGUCGCUUAAAUUGGGAUGAUCGUGCAGUGGUUGCAGAUGAUCCUCAUUUUCAGGGACGGGGCAACAAAAGUAGUGGAGAUAACUUCCAUGCUGCUCCAAACAUUGAUCAUUCCCAAGAGUUUGUGAGGAAGGAUCUGAAAGAAUGGCUUGGCUGGCUGAGGGAAGAAAUUGGUUAUGAUGGAUGGAGGCUGGAUUUUGUCAGAGGAUUUUGGGGUGGUUAUGUCAAGGACUACUUGGAAGCAAGUGGACCUUACUUUGCUGUGGGUGAAUAUUGGGAUUCUCUCAGUUACACUUAUGGUGAAAUGGACCACAAUCAAGAUUCCCACCGACAGAGAAUUGUUGACUGGAUCAAUGCUACUAAUGGAACUGCUGGUGCAUUUGAUGUCACAACCAAGGGAAUUCUUCAUUCAGCUCUGGAAAGAUGUGAAUAUUGGAGAUUGUCGGAUCAGAAGGGGAAGCCUCCUGGGGUUGUUGGAUGGUGGCCAUCUCGUGCUGUUACCUUUAUAGAGAAUCAUGACACUGGUUCUACCCAGGGUCAUUGGAGGUUCCCAGGUGGAAAGGAAAUGCAAGGAUAUGCUUAUAUCUUGACUCACCCAGGAACGCCGGCUGUGUUCUAUGAUCAUAUUUUCUCUCAUCAUCGAUCUGAGAUUGCCAGCCUUAUCUCUGUCAGAAACAGAAACGGAAUCCAUUGCCGGAGUUUAGUUAAAAUCGUCAAGGCAGAGAGGGAUGUGUAUGCUGCAAUUAUUGAUGAAAAGGUUGCGAUGAAGAUCGGACCAGGUUAUUACGAGCCUCCUAGUGGUUCCCAAAGAUGGUCCUUGGCCCUUGAAGGGAGGGAUUACAAGGUAUGGGAAACAUCUUAAAUGUAAAACCAUUGAUAUUAUUUAUGUUUCCAAAUGUGUAUAUCCUAUACGGAUGCCAACCAUCAAGUUGAAGAAUAUCGAACCAGUGUCGUGUUUGUUGGGGAUAGCAGGAAGGGUGUAGGCCCUCACUGAUAAUACUGUUUGCUAGUGCCAUUGUUGUACCAUUUUUUACUCAGAAAUACAUAGGAGUGAUUGAUUAAGGGCAAGGCUAGACCAGGUGAUUAUUGGAGCCAGUUAGCUAAUGUCGAAGGAAAGGUAUCCUUUCCAUACUAUAGUUUAUGUGUAAAUGCUUUACGAGUGUUGAGACUAAAUACUGGAAGGCCGAUUUCUUGCCUUCUACAAAUAGGAUACAUAUAUUAUAUUCUUAUUGUUUUUUCUAUUCAUAUUAAAUUCUAGUUCUCAGUUUUCCUGCGA